AACGGCCCCAACCUUUGGGUCCAGCUUCAGUCAGCUGACCAGGAACCAGCCAAUCAGAAGUCGCGCGCUGUUGUAAAUAAAGGGUUUGUGUGACUGUGAAAACAUCCAACAGGAUCGAAGAGUUUAACCGGACAGAAACAUGACGGUGGAGACGAGAAUCAGCGACACGAGGGGAGCGGACAGCAGCAGCAGACAGGAGGGCCCCGGAGGACUGUGGGACUCUGUGAAGAAAGCUGCGUUUGUCAUCGGAUCGGGAAUCUUAUUCUUGGCCGCAUUUGGCAACUCACUGACAUGGCAUCUUCAGAGAUUCUGGGGAGCUUCAGGAGAUUUCUGGCAGAACUUGUGGACCAAGCUGUACUUGGCAUUUGAGGGUCACGAUACUGCUUUGUUCUACUUGGGGACCAUGUUAAUCCCCAGCGUGGCCUUCUGGGCUUCCAAUGGUCUGCUGCUAUUGGUGGACAUCACUGGUAAACCCUCCUUUAUCACUCGCUACCGCAUCCAGGUGGACAAGAAUAACCCGGUGGAUCCAGCUAAGCUUCGCCAUGCAGUCAAGUCUGUCAUCUUCAACCAGGUGUUCAUCUCUGGGCCCAUGGUGGUGGUGUGUUACCACCUGAUGUCCUGGAGGGGGGACCCCUGUGGCCCUGAGCUGCCCACCUUCCACUGGGCCCUGGCAGAGCUGGCCAUCUUUUCCAUGUUAGAGGAAGUCAUGUUUUACUACUCACACAGGCUGUUCCACCAGCCCGGCCUCUACAAGCAUUUCCACAAGCAGCACCACGAGUGGACCGCUCCCAUCGGAGUCGUCUCCAUCUACGCUCAUCCUCUGGAGCAUGUGAUCUCCAACACGCUGCCAGUGGUGAUCGGACCCGUGAUCCUGGGCUCCCACCUGUCAACCACCACCCUCUGGUACUGUCUGGCUCUGGUCAGCACCACCAUCUCCCACUGUGGAUACCACCUCCCCUUCCUGCCCUCCCCAGAGUUCCAUGACUUCCACCACCUCAGGUUCAACCAGUGUUUUGGGGUCUUCGGUGUGCUGGACAGGCUCCACGGCACCGACACCAAAUUCAGGCAGACCAAGCAGUAUGAACGCCACACCCUGCUCACCAGCUUCACCCCACUGAUGGAGAGCAUCCCUGACUCACCCAAGAAGGGCCAGUGAUGACCUGUGACCCUUGACCUCUAACCUCAGGCACAGGCCUGGCCAUGUUUGGGAAUACCACCAAGAUACAUGGAGACAAAAUUCCCAAUCAACUUUAAAAUGACAAUUACAUUUUAAUUAUUUUAAUCCAGAAUAGCUGUUGAUCAGUUUCCAACUGUGAACAUCUGCCCAGACUCUGUGAUCAUCAGCUUCAUUAAUACUUAACCAGAUGUCCGUUAAUCUUCGCAUUUGCUUCAUAAAUUCAUGAGGACCAAAAUAUACAAUACCUUUGUUUAGCACUCAGUUUCUUGCUCAGGUAGAUUUAAUAAUUUGGUGGUUGAUGUGAGUGAAGACAAAUAAUUUCACCUCAGUUAUGUCUUUACUCUUUCUAUCCUCUCUGGUUAAAGGUUAAAGGAAACUCUGCAGUAUGAAUAAACCACUCCAGUUGGUGUGAAGCACCUGAGAUGUGGGUGUGAGAGAAGUCCAUUAUGCUGCGUUCACAGCUUCCAACAUUCCUGAAUAAUGACAGAGUUACAGUGAAUCAGCCUCAGUUUACAAAUCAGCCACUCAACACAUUCAUAGUGUUCUUUAUGAAUCUUGGCUUUAACACCAGUUAUGAUAAGUAUAUUUUUGAAUACUGUUUGUAUUGUUAUGCAUCAAUUCUUACAAACAGAUUUUGUAUUUUAAAUAAUGUUUAUCCCAGCUCACAAGCCUAGACUCUUCUGCUGCAUUCACUUGCUGUUAGAACAGUGGAUACAUUUGCACUUUUCAUUUUCGUAGCACUUACACAUACCCCUGAAUAUUCAAUGUGUCUUUUUGCUCUACAGAUGACCUGUACGAAGGAGAAAUGAAUGAAUGUUGAAUGUUAUGUUUGAUUACUAAAAAUAAAAAGAAAAGAAAUCUUGCUACUGUGACUGAUGCAAUGUCAAGAAUGUUUUGACUGGACUUCUUAAUAUUAUUAAAACAUUUUAAAAAACGGA